AUGGUGAAAUUACUUCAGAUUGUUCAUGACCACUGGGUUCGUGUGCUUGUCUCUAUGGGAAUUGUCUUAGGGUGUUAUCUAGACAGAAAGAGUGGUGAAAAGCUAACUGCCUUCUGGAACAACAGUAUGUUGUAUAAAAGAGAAUUGAGAUCCAAUGAAGAAGUUACAUGGAAGUAA